UUUUAUGCGGACGGGUUUUUCCGAGAGGUUGCCGAGUCAAAUAUUUCCCUCCUCCUUCCUGUGUCUUGCCUAACGCUCUCGUCUCCUCCCUCUACAUGCGGACAUUUACAUCACGGUGGCCGGAGAUCCUACCACCAGUGCCGCCCGGACAGCCAGUGAGGAAUGAAGUGAAACUGUGACGUUUUCUCGAGUCAAUAACCCGCCUUUCUAGUUCACGACCUUCACGCCACUAGACAGAUGUGAAGACAAUCCUUAAGGCAUCAUGUUUACAGCAAUUGUGACCCCCUAUGACGGUUGCAUAUCACAAAGGAACGCAAAAGAGACUGUUGUGACGAGUUUUACUAUCUAAUCUGAAGCAAGAGAUGCUUGAUACCAAACGCAGAAGCUCCAAGACUUUGUGCGCCGCGCUUUGUAAACUCUGAUACUUAAACAAUUCUACUAAGAGAGAAAAUACAGCUGCAGACACUGAAAGGUUUGCACCACUCGACCUCUCCUUUGGCUCCCAGUGGGAUCUUCAAAUGUAUACUAUAAACUUUCACCAGACGAUUUGAUCAAGCCUAGAAAACUAUAGCAGUCCAAUCCACUGAAUAAAGAUUAAACUACGCUACCUUUGUCGUGUCAGUGGUGCCAUCUGAAACUACACUUACACUAGACUAUUACAUUAAGGUUACGAAGAAGCAGUAGUCAGAAGAGUGCAUCCAUCUUAACAGGAACAAUGGCUGCUAACUACACGGGAAAUUACCUCAAGUGCUACGAGUCUGGAAUAUUUGGUCCUGACGUUAUUCCUCCCCCAAUUGGCCUUGUUACUGCGGCCGCUGUUCACAUCUACCUAGUGGUGGUCCUGGGUACGCUGUGUAACGGCGUCGCGAUAUGGUGCGUGGUGACCUGCAAGAAAACACGUACGGCAGUGAAAGUGUUACUGUGCAGUGUGUUCGUGCCUCUGCUACUUAUCUGCCUGGUGACACGAACCAUGCGCAGUGAAGUGAUCCUCGCCCUCCUUUACUGUGACGCGGAGAGGACAACAUCGAUAUACAGAGUAGUCACUGCCCUUCUCUACAGCUUCCUAGCGCAGAUGGAGCUGGCGUGCAUCGCAGCCCUCGCCAUCACCAGAACAGUCGCAGUUUGGUCAACCAAAAGGCAUGCCAUCAAGCUUCGUGUAGCUGUCACUGUGGUCAUCUCUAUACUAAUAUAUUCCUUCUUCACCGGCGUGGGAAUACUUGGUCUAGUGUUUCUAGACUAUGUCCGUUCUGAGCCACUCAAGAACUUCCUUAUCAUCGUCUACUUCUUCAUCAAUGUGAUGCUCCCUUUCUUCGUGACGAGCAUCGCAUAUGCCCUGAUGCUGUUUACUAUGAGAAGAAACAAGCAGCGUCUGGCCACCUUGGAGUCACGGUCGAGUACUAGCGGGACCCUGGACCAAGCCACUCGAGCUAUGAUAGCCGUGUUCAUCAGCAAUCUGGUCUUUGGUCUCCCACACGCUGUCUAUCAUAUACGAACCACAUUUUCCCACACGUUGGAGCUUUCCUUUCACAUGCUGUUUUAUACACACUUUGUGGUAGAUCCGGUGGUGUUCAUAUGGUUCAAUAACAAUCACCGCCAGCAAGUGAAGGAAAAGGUACACGCCAUUCGGAAAUUCGUGUUAGGCUGCAACAACUUGGCCUGCUGGAAGUCGUCCUUACCCAGGGACUCCCUCAAGAAGAUCUCAUCCACCAUAUCCUUGUGGAAGUCAUCGGUUUCAGUUAGUCCAAACUCCAGCUCAGGGGAUGCAGGAACGAUUCAACUGGAUGGGCGAGUCCUUAGCCAUUCACAAGUCUGAAGUGUGCUGCCCAUGAUGUGAAUGAGUGGAGUCAAAAGAAGAGGGCCACACCGCAGUUCACUAUACAAUCUCACGUUGCAUCCAUUCAUUUCGUCGAUUCCGCGCACCGUUAGUACAUAGAUAACUAGUUGAUACUCAGUUAAGUAUAUACCCUCAAUACAAAGAUAACUAGUGAUACACCCAUACUUGCCAUACUGUCAAAAUAUGACACUUUUCUUAAAAAAUUUCAUAUUAUACAUUUUUUUAUUUUUUAUGUUCACUGGCAGGUUUUUCUUUAUUUUUUUAUUCCAUCUACUGUAUUAUUUCUCGAGAUUGUUAUACUUUAUACAAGUGCAAAAAUAUGCUACCUCAUACUUUGUUAUAAACUGCAGUACUUCUCAUUAUCCUCCAGUAAUAACAGUUACUCGGACAAUACGUGACACUGAGAACUAAGGCGGUGUAAUUAAAUAGAAACCAAAAAG